CACACCUUUUUCAUCUUUUGUCCCCCUUGAAGGCUUGGAGCGAAUGGGUCUGACUUGACGACAGAACUUGAAGAUAUGCUCCAUAUCGACUCUUUAAGAUCGCUUUCUUAGAUUACCGAUUAGAUUACCGAUGUAUUUGAUUCUUGUUGCCACACUCUAUCAUUUGCUCCGGGUGCUCAACUCAAGGACCAUACUAGACUGCCAGGUUCUCAGUCUUCUUAGACCACAUGCACAUGCAAAGAAGCUGAUAGUCGAACAGUCAUAUGUGAUGCGGGAGAGCUGGAAGUUGGAACAGGUCGGACCGUCGAAGUACAAUGGCCCGUUUAUACCUGUCUUCCAAUACCACUAGAUAGAAUGCAGACAUGAAUGGACUCUAUCAACAACUCUUUGUCCUGACCAAUCAGUACGGGCAACAACAGAACUGUACAUAUCGU